AUAGAGAAGCUGUCAUUGAGCAGCUUUCUUGCGACAACAGGCUGUACUAGAUCCGGGUCUGUGUUUGGAAUCGCCAGGGCCAGCGAAAUUCCUCAGCGCUCUGUUCCUUGAGGGUUCACAUGGGACAAUGAGGGGGAUCUGCUGGGAAUCAGAAUCAUCAACAGCAGCUAUGGACUAUGUCACGCAGGAGAACAUCAGCAUUGAAGCUAGACACAGAAUCUUCUUGCGUUUGGAUCGGAGGAGAUAGUCUUUAUUUUAUAUUAGACGCUUUAAUUACGGAAGCUGUCAUCGCGGGUGCCGGUCGUAGUAACGCUCCUCUGUGCAUUUAAAUUCGAAUGAACCAAUGGCGCGCACAGCCAUAGAAACCAGUGCAGUGAGCGCAGUGCAAUGUAUGCCGAGGCAUCCGAUGCAAAAUAGUUGAUUCGCGGCGUCGAAAAGGGAAUGCCCAGAUAGCCCAGCUCCACAUUCGCAUAAUUAUGAACAGACUUACGUAAAUAUUGCAUAUGCAACACGUUUAAAUAUAGACGCCACGCCGCAAACGCAAUGCCACGCAUUUGGAAAAAGGAAACCUAAAGUAUUAAUUGAAUCGAUGUAGAAUAGCGCACAGCUCGACUGCAUUAUGGCUUCUUUGCGCGUAGUUAAUAGACUAGUAUGCCGCGGCUUUGUAGUGCUGACUCUGCUGCUGAUAUUCUUCAACGAGUUUCUCAUCUACUACAUGGCCCAAUCGAGCUGGCACCAAAUCGAUUGCAAACUGGAUAAUUGCACACGCCUGCUGCUCAUCUCAGACCCGCAGAUCUUAGGCACUUCCUAUGAUCGCUCGUCCCACAGCCCGCUGGCUCGCUACGACUCGGAUAGAUAUCUGCAAAAGACUUUUGAACGCGCCGUGGCCUUUACCCAGCCGCACAUAAUCGUGUUUCUGGGGGAUUUGCUAGACGAAGGCAACAUUGCCACGGCGCAGGAGUAUAAGCAAUAUGUAAAGCGCUUUCGGCGCAUCUAUCAGAGCAAGAAAUUCCGUAAACGCGUCCAUGUGCCGGGGGAUAAUGACAUAGGCGGCGAGAAUGGCGACUACAUUUCCAACUCGAACCAGCGACGCUUCGAGAACGAGUUCAUGAGUGAAGACCUCUUCGACUAUGACCAUCGCAUCCGCUUCUUUAAGAUCAACCGCAUGCUGUUGGACUUUACAAAUCCCGACAGGGACCAUAAUGCCGACCGGCUCCGUAUUGGGGUCUCGCACGCUCCUCUGCUUAUUGGCGGUGGACCGCUGCUGCGGGCCGUCAUCAGCGACUUGGAUCCACAUAUCAUAUUCUCUGGCCAUUGGCACGAGUCUAGGAUAUUUAUUUACCCCUCCACGAAGGUGAUCAACUUCUAUGAGAAUGCAGUGCGGCAUUUUGAUUUGAAGGCGCUGAAGGAGCAGGAGCACAGCUAUUUGGAGAUUAUGGUGCCCACCUCCUCGUAUCGCAUGGGAAAGUCCAAGAUUGGCAUGGGCUAUGCUGUGCUGGAGAACUACAAUCUAAGCUACACGGUUCUGUGGCAACCCAACCGUUUUAUUCUGCUCUUCACCUACGUCUUCUGGGGCCUGUUCGUGCUCUGCGGGGCGAUUGUCUACAAAAUGAUGACCCGCUGUCCCUUCCGUGUCGCCAAACGACAGACGCACUAUAGCCGCGUCUCCAAUAUACCUCAAUUUUAGACUGUAUCUUCCUCUCCCUCCCGCCCCUUGAGGCCAACAAACUGGAGAUUCUCAACGAAAGUAGCUCGAUUAAUUAAAGAGAUUGCAAUGAUAUAUAAUGCUAAGUAGAUUAUUCCAAUUGUUACUUAUAAAUUGUUAGCAAAAGUGA